AUGGAAGCUUUUCGUAUAAUUUUAUUUUAUUUGCUUUCGUCAAAUCUUAUAAAUUCUCAAGAUUUAACAAAUAAGUGGUAUAUGAAACGAAUGUCAUCAGCAGUUGUACCACCAUAUAAACGGGCCUACACCAUAAUACAGAAACAAAUUUUGAAUCCUUUGAUGAAUGGUAGUAGAUCUGAAUUUGAAACCGAUGAAGCAGCCAUUAGUCUACUGGCGAAAAAUAGCCAAUGUGCAGCGAAAAAUGUACACUAUUAUCUUGAUAAAGCACUCUCAACUAGUCAACGUAUAAAUAAAGAUAUUGAGGAUUGGCAUGCCAAAGAAGUAUCAGCUGUCAGUGAAAAACAAAAUCAAAUAAACCAAGUUGAAACAAAUAUCCAACGUAUAAAUGAUGAUAUUCGGUUGGUUGAAAUAUUAUUAGCACCAUUUCAGGAAGAUGUUCGACAGAAGGAGCAUUACCUUAAUUUAACAACAAAUAAAGUGAGAAAAGCUCAGAGCAAAGUUGCUGCAGCAAGACAUUGCAAUCUAAAACGUUCUGUUGGUACUUGGUUGAAAGAGAAUAUUGUUGAACCAAUUCAAAAUGCUGCUGACAAUGGUGCUAUUAAACUAUUGUGUAAUGUAUUUAAUUCUAAAAUAGUUGAUAUUUUUAGAAAUAGACAAUCCGAAGCCCGUAAAAAGUUAGCACUUGUACACCAGCGAGCUAGUCCCUAUAAUCAACGAUUAACGAACCUUCGAGUUAUACAAUCAUUAUAUAAUGAGCUGUUAUCUAUUAAAAAGCAACGCUUAAAUUCAUUGAAAUUAAAUUUAAUUAUCUUGCCAGAUAAACAAAUCCAUGUAACGAAAAUAAUUAAUCAAUUAAAAUUGACUGUGAAUCAUCUUGAAAAUAUUAAUUCUACAUCGAAUGACUUCGUUACUAUAUUGAAAAAGUUUGUCGAAUUUGAUGUUUUUAUUGAUCCAUUAAACAGAAUCUACGAUGAAAUGUUAAAAUGUAAUGCAAUGUCACAAUUUCCAGAUGGGAGAAUAUCUUCUGAAACAAUUACCAAGGCAAGAAUACGCAUUGACAAACUGACGGUUAUUCCUUCAACUAUACCAGUAGUAAAAACAAUGGGAGAAGAAAAGACUGUUUGUACGAAUGAAACAUUGGCAGAGCAAGAGGAAGUUGAUUAUGGAUGGAAUGCAAUGAUACGAUCUUUCCACAACAACACAUUGGUUCAAAAUCGCCUUCGUAAUAUGUUCCAACUCCAGAAAUUGAUUACGACGAAUACAGAAAGAAUGAUUCUUGGUCAAUUAUUCCUCGAAACAGAGGAAGAAAAGAAAAUUCAAUUCGAAAUUUCCCGGUUAUCUUAG